AUGGACGAUCCAGCCUAUGCUAAUUACCCCCCACCACUGACUGCGGAGCAGCAUGAUUACCUAGUUUCCGCUGUUAAAACAUGGGCUUUGCAUCAUGGGCUCUGUGUCAAACCCUCUCCAGCCUUUAUUGGGAGACAUUUGGAUACUCAAGGCGUCUUAGCAACCAAUGCGCCAGUCACUCUUUUCCCGAGCCCUUUCCCCAGGGCUUGCUUUAAUCAUGCGACUACAAUCCAGAGAGCAUACAACGAGCUAUACGCGAGAAUAAGCACGGAUGAAUCAUGGCUUGGGGAAAUUAUUGAAGAACUUAUUGACGUAGAUGACUUCGUCGCAAAUCUCUGGAAGGUCCACCUCAGCGUAAAAACUGAAGGAUAUGUCCAACCACUUUCCCUAGGUCUUUUCCGAUCCGAUUAUAUCGCCCAUAGGCCCGCAGGCGCAAUAGAAUCAUCUCUAAGACAGGUGGAAUUCAACACCAUUUCCUCCUCUUUUGGAGGACUCUCAGCUCUCGUAACCGCAUUACACACGGAUCUCUUGUCAUCUCCACCAGGAAAUCCUGUCACGUAUCCGCCGCAUCCAAUUUUAAAUGACCACAAACCGCCAGAGAAUAGCGCCGUCACAUCGUUAGCAAGCGGUUUCGCAGCCGCACACAAAGCAUAUGGCGCAUCAAAAUCGGAAUCCCCACUACCCCUCUGUAUUCUCUUCAUCGUUCAAGCCGGCGAAAGAAACCUGUUUGACCAGCUAGAACUUUCCACCCAGCUCACAAAUAUCCACAAAAUUCCCGUCUUCCGGCUUGUGACAUCAGACAUCCAAAAACUAACCUCCAUCCCCGCUGCCAACCCCUCCAGGCCCCUGGUGUACAGCCCUCCCCAUGCGCCAUCCAACAAAUUCGAAGUAACUACAGUAUAUCUGCGCAGCUUCUACGGGCCAGGCGACUACCCCAAUGAAUCAGCGUGGGCUGCGCGAACACACUUGGAGCGAUCUGCCGCCAUAAAAUGCCCUUCAGUCCUCAGCCAGCUCUCCGGCUGCAAGAAGGUGCAACAAGUCCUUGCCGACCCCAACGCCCCCACCGACCAUCUCACCCAAUUCCUCCCAAACACCUCCUCUGAAAUCAUCAAAAAGAUCCGUGCAACCUUUGCCCCGCAAUAUGACCUCUCGACAUCUGGCCGCGGUCGCGAACUGGCCCUAGAUCCCUCAACAGCUGCAAACCACGUCCUGAAGCCGCAGCGUGAGGGCGGCGGGAACAACAUUUACCGUGAUGCAAUUCCGCAAUUCCUGCGCUCCAUGCCGGAGAAGGAUUGGAAGGGGUGGAUUCUUAUGGAGCUGAUUCAGCCACCUGAUGCGGCGAAGAAUAUGAUGCUUCGCAGUGAUGGAGAAGUAAUCAGCGGUCAUGUUAUUAGUGAGUUGGGCAUAUUUGGUGCGGUGCUUUGGAAGGAUGAUGGGGAAAUCUUGCACAAUGAGCAGGGUGGUUGGCUGUUGAGGACAAAGGGGAGGGAAAGUGAUGAGGGGGGUGUUGCAGCAGGAUUUUCGUCGUUGGAUAGCCUUGUACUUCUUUGA